AAAACUGCGUCUUAACUGCUGGUUUAACUGGAAAACUGCGUCUUAACUGCUGGUUUAACUGGAAAACUGCGUCUUAACUGCUGGUUUAACUGCUCCUUCAGUGAGUUUUUAAAAAUGAAGCGGGACUUUGGGGCAGAGCGAGUCCUGCCGAGCUACAAAGACAGUGAAGAAGACGUCUGUGUCCCACCGAGUGACAUGAUGUGACAGGACAAGUGAUGUGGACAACAACACAUCUUACGUUCAGCAACAGAUAAAUAAAAUGAUUUCUGAAUCUCUGUUUUCAGUGGAGUGGUGAUGCUUUCAUUUUGAAGGGUGUGACAGGAAGCUGCUGGGUUUUAUUUUGACAUCAGUGUCAGAUAUCAGAUAAAAAUAAACGCGGCCGUGUGCCGAGUUUAAGGCGGACUCUCGUGUUUCUGAGUGUGGCUUCGUUGCUCUCUCUAAAGUCAUUAUGUCUGAUAAACUGACUUCGGUGGAUUUUGAGAUUUUCGGGAACGUGCAGGGAGUUUGCUUCAGGAUGUACACGGAGGAUCACGGUCUGAGUCUGGGACUGAGCGGCUGGGUGAAGAACACGCGACAGGGCACCGUGAUCGGUCAGGUCCAGGGACCGCGGGACAAAGUCAACGACAUGAAGCUCUGGCUGAAGAGCGUCGGGAGUCCCAGCUCUCGAAUCGACCGAGCCGUGUUCUCCAAUGAGAGAGACAUUUCUAAAGUGGAGAUUCACGGCUUCUCCACUCGCUACUGAGCAUGCUCAGACACCUCUGACAUCACAUCAGCUAUAACCCAGAAACCUGCAAAAGUCUGCACUGCCACUGAAAACAGCUUUCACAGUUAAGUCAUCAAAUAGUUAAUGACACAUCUGCUGAUUACUGACCGAUUCAUUUAUAAAGAAACGCUUCAGUUCAUCUUUUACUUUCUCCUGGUCACCGAGUCUCUUUUCUCCAUUUAAUGUCCUUUAAAAACAUCAUCUCAGUACUUUAAUACGUUUCCUCAGCUGACAUUGUCCUGUUUCAAACACAGAGCACAAACACUGGUGGGACUGGACUCAGGCGGCUCAGUGCUCAUUAAAGCGCCGAUGUUUCCUUUCAAGUGGACGAAUCCACUGAAUUUCUGUCUCGCUGUACAAAGAGUCUGUAACGGUUUGUAGUCCGAUGACCCCGAGUGACUCAGUGUUUCCCCUCAUACGUGUCUGUUAGUUUUACUGUCUGAUGUUGUAUUUGUGUUUGAUUAAUGGCAUUUUAAUUGAAUUCUUAGUUUCUCGAAAAUAUAGCAUUUCAAGAAAUGGAAUAAUAUAGCGCGAUAAAAAACAACCGCAGAAACGACGCAGAAGAAAGUCAUUGUAUAGUCCACCGAGAGAAAACAGCCGAUGAAACUGAUGUUUUUGAUGUUGAAAAAGUUCAUACUAUAGCAUGUCAAAAAACCUGAAGAAAACGUUGACAUUCUUUGAGACGGGAAAAUGAGCUAAAAUAGUCAAGGUUUAGUCACUGUAUACCAUGUCACAAAUGCCACAGAAUAACACAUUAAAAACACUGCCAAA